AUGGCUAACCAAACUCCCGCCGUUGUCAUGGACAACGGUACGGGGUUUUCAAAACUAGGUUUCGCCGGCAAUGAUUCACCUUCGUUUGUCUUUCCCACGGCGAUCGCGACAAAGUCCGCCGCCGGAGCAUCUGGGGGCACUGGUUCCGGCCGGCCAGCUGUUGCCAACAAGCCAAGUUUCCUCACUGGUGGUGCUGGUCCUGGCGGCCACCUCUCGGGCAAACGCGGCACCGAAGACCUCGACUUCUUCAUUGGCGAUGAGGCCAUUGCUGCCUCAUCCGGAGCCGGCUAUGGACUCCAUUACCCAAUUCGCCACGGACAAAUAGAGAAUUGGGACCACAUGGAACGCUUCUGGUCAAACUCCAUCUUCAAAUAUCUACGAGUAGAGCCUGAAGACCACUUCUUCUUGCUCACUGAGCCGCCUUUGAACCCUCCCGAGAACCGCGAGAACACGGCUGAGAUCUUCUUCGAGUCUUUUAACUGCGCAGGACUCUACAUUGCAGUGCAAGCAGUUUUGGCCCUCGCCGCCUCUUGGACGUCGUCAAAGGUCCAUGAUCGCUCUCUUACUGGCACUGUCAUUGAUUCAGGAGACGGUGUCACUCACGUCAUCCCCGUCGCAGAGGGCUACGUCAUUGGCUCUUCGAUCAAGUCUAUCCCGAUCGCUGGACGCGACAUUACUUACUUUGUCCAGUCCCUGCUUCGUGAUAGGGGCGAGCCAGACUCAUCUCUCAAAACCGCCCAGGAGAUCAAGGAGGAUUACUGUUACGUUUGCCCCGACAUCGUCAAGGAGUUCACCAAGUUCGACCGUGACCGAAGCCGAUUUGCCCGUCAUGUCGUGAGCCAGCCGGGCGGCAGGGAGGUUUCGGUUGAUGUAGGAUAUGAGCGCUUCCUGGCGCCCGAGAUAUUCUUCAACCCCGAGAUUUACAGCUCGGAUUUCUUGACGCCACUGCCAGUGGUUGUGGAUGGAGUGAUCCAGUCGUCACCUAUUGAUGUCCGCAGGGGGCUGUACAAGAACAUCGUUUUGUCGGGUGGUAGCACUCUGUACAAGGACUUUGGUCGCAGAUUGCAGCGUGAUAUCAAGCAGUUGGUCGACGCACGCAUUCGUGCAAGCGAGAUGCGUAGCGGUGGUGCCAAGAGUGGCGGUCUCGAAGUCCAGGUUAUCACACACAAGAGGCAACGUCACGGACCCUGGUUCGGUGGUAGCUUGCUGGGACAGACCCCUGAAUUCAGGUCGUACUGCCAUACUAAGGCCGAGUACCAAGAAUAUGGACCUGGAAUCGUACGAAGGUUUGCUCUGCUGGGCGGCCCGGGAGGGUCGUAA